UGUUUCUCCAUUUCCAGAUCCGAUCUCAUUUUUGCACCGACACGCAAAAUUUCUAGUCCUUCAAGUCAAAGACUUCUUCAUUUCCUUUUCUUCUUGUUAAAAUUCCUGGAAAGCCGUCCGUUCCCGGAAUUCCCUAAGAGAAAGUAAAGUGUGCUCUGUUUGGGAUCAUUCGGAUUCUGGGUUAAUUGGAAAGGAAGUUCGUCAUGUUUCGUGUUUCGCCUAGUAGGAACCAAAGAUCGAAAGGGUUGAAGGUAAAGCAUGCUCUUCAGAUAUGUGUUCUUUUAGGUAUCUGCAUCUGGUUGCUUUACCAAGUUAAGCACUCUGGUGAGAAGAAAGCAGCUUAUGGACAUCAGGGAAUGAAGUCGUUAAGUUGGGGAGAAAGGACUUUCCUCGAUAGGAAGGAAUAUAACGAAGGUGAUAACGAGAAACCUGAGGAGGAAACGGAGCGCCGACAAGAUUCAUUGGAUGGAUGGAAGGAAGAGGAUAGUGAAGAGAGCAAAGAAAAUGGAAAUAGUGGGAGCCAAGAGGACACUGAAAACAAAGGGAAUGAGGAGGCACACGAAGAGAAAGAGACAGAAAAGAGUGAAGGUGAGAUAGAGAAUUCAGGUGCCUCGGAUGACCGGGUUCGGGAUGGAGUUGACCAGAACAAUGAAGAAGCAAGAGAAGAACAUUACAAGGCGGAUGAUGCUUCCAGUGAAGUAGUCCAUGUUGUCCAAAAUGUUGCAGUUGAGAAUGAGACAAGUGGUUCGUAAAAUUCCGAUGUGUCAGAGAAGUUGG